AUGGCUGAAAAAUUUAUUCCAUCUCUUCAUACAAUACCAGCGGAACUUAUCUAUCGAAUCUUGAAUAAUCUUAGUGAUUACUCUAUUUUAUAUUCUAUGCGAAAUGUCUGUGCACAUAUUAAUACAAUCACAGACAAUUAUUAUCGAUAUCAGACACUCACCGUACUGAAUCUUCGUCAUGACAAAAUCACUCCAGACAAGAUACAACAUUUUGCUGAUGCUCUACAACAAAACCAAAAAUUCACCACACUGUUCUUCCAUAAUAAUCAAAUUGGUUCACAAGGAGCAAAAUAUCUUGCUAAUGCUCUAAGACAAAAUCAAACACUUACAACACUUGAUUUAUGGGACAAUCAAAUUGGUGACCAAGGAGUAAAACAUCUCGUUAAUGGUUUACAACAAAACAAAACACUUACUACACUCGAGAUUGGUAACAAUGCAAUAUGUGAUAAAGGACCAGCACAUCUUCUUCAUCUUCUACUGAAAAAUACAACACUGCUCAGAUUACAUUUAAGUCAUAAUCAAAUUACCGGUAUAGGAGUACAAUACUUGGCCGUUGCGCUACAACACAACAAAACACUUGUCACAUUGGAUCUUCGAUUCAAUCCAAUUGACGAUAUUGGAAGAAAGGAGCUUGCGAAAACACGUCAAGAUAAUCCACAAAUAGAAUUAAUUUUAUAA